AUGGCUUAUGCAAUCAGUCCUUUACCUACAUACGAUCCAAAUUUAACUCUUGAAGUCUCAUCGGGGGCGGGCGCUUUCACACCGCGUCAAGCAGUUGAUACAUCCGGGCGGUUUGGUAUGCUCUACGAUGCAUCUCGUGAUAAAAUACUUCACAACUCGAGGCUGGAUCUUCGUGUGAAGCACGCGCAAUCACGUAGAAAACCAACAUGUUACGUUGAAAAAUACGAAAGCCAAAUUCAAAAUUUGUUAAAAUGGUACAACAUAUAUGUUGAAUUACGAUUAAGCGUCGCUUUAGAAAUAGUUCAAACAGGCAGUGGUGUAGGAGCACUCAACACUUAUUCACGUGUUAUUGACAAAUGCACGCGCUUUAUCGUCUACAAGUAUUACAGUCAUACAGAGUAUUUAUCAGAUGCUGAUUUCGAGCGUAGAAAUAGAAUUCCACCACCGCCUGUCGACUCUGAUGCGACACAUGUGACUGUUCUAGUUAAUUGGGGUGUGACUGCGGUUGCCGUUCUUCAACUAGUGCCUGACGAUAAGAACGUUGCGCGUGUAGAUACUAUUAUCAAAAAAUUGUGUUACAAUCUAGAGGACAACUACGAAUCACCAGAACUAACAGAUGAUGAGCUGUCUUGUCUGAAAUCUAUCAGACACACACAAGUUUUCUCCAACAUUGAACAAUUGUCUAAAAUUAGCUCAAUCGUUGAGCUUUAUCAAGUUAUUCGUAGAGUUAAGAGUAAUAUCGUUAUUCACCAACCAUGCAACUACAAUUUUUGUAGCCUUCAACAUUUUUUCCAAUCGAAAUUUGUGGGAAGGUUUGUGUUCAGAGAAGUGGAACCGUACUGUAGAGAUAAAAUCGAGGAUUAUCUCAUUCAUUUGUCGCGCAGAUUUCGAUUACUCUCGUCGAAAAUUAAUCAGGACUAUCCAAACGUUCAUCAAACUCGAAAGAAUCAAUUGGCCACUGUUCGAUCCAGAUACGAUGAAGCAAAGGAAUCGUAUAAGUCUUUAAUUCACCAGCUACAGAGGUCAGUAGUGGGAGUUCGUCGGGGCGAAUUCAGUUACCACAAGAUUGAUGAAAUAUUAUUUGGCAAUCAAAACAAAGAAGUAAGAACAAUGAUGGAUCUAUGUACUUCUUCUCUAUCUGCGUUAGAAGAAAAAGAAAAGUUUAUUAGCAAUCUGGUAGCAAGCCAAUUCACCUACCGAGAUGCAACUGAAUUCGACAUUGAUCGGAAUGACGACAAGCAAUCAAUCGAAAGCAAACUUAAGCUGGGUUUUAGGAACGAACGAGCGAUAUGUUCUAAUGAUGACCUAUAUCGGCAGCAGGAUUCUAAAUGGUCUGAAUUAUGCAAAAAACUGUAUGAAGAACGUAAGCAGAAGCCCUCGUUAAAACUUAUCUAUGUUGAUUUUUCUGAUUGUCCAUACAAGUUGCAAGAUUUUCUCAUCUUUCCUGAGCAAUCCUUGAAUAGUACUAAUGACCAAUCAUCAGCAUCACGUCGAGAAUCAACAUCAGAGCGACUACAAUCGGAUGGCAUAAAAAAUAUACUUCUCAUAGGUGAGUCUGGUGUUGGAAAGUCGACUUUUAUCAAUGCCCUUGUCAACUAUCUCCGAUUUGACUCACUCCAGGAAGCUCAAGAGAAUCCUGUUGCACUCAUGCCAGUGUCAUUCAUUUUAGCAGUUGGUGAUGAUUUCACAGAGAAACUGAUUACAUUUCACGGACAGGAAACUAUCAGCACCGAAGAUUUUAGCGGUGUUGGUCAAUCUGUUACUCAAUAUUGUAAAUCAUAUCUUGUUACUAUUCCCGAUCACGGAAACAAAGAAAAUACAAUACGUAUCAUAGACACUCCUGGUAUUGGAGACGUUCGUGGUGUAGACAAAGACGAUGCAAAUCUACAACACAUCCUAUCGUUUAUCAGCAAUCUGCAGCAUCUUGAUGCAAUCUGCAUUCUGAUGAAACCGAAUACUUCACGAAUGAAUGUGUCCUUUCGUUCAUGUUUUACACAGCUGUAUGCUUUUCUUGGCGAAGAUGCCCGUGAAAAGUUUCUGUUUUGUUUUACAAAUACUCGGUCAACAUUUUAUACACCUGGAGAUACAGCACGAGUGUUAAAACAAUUUUUAGCAUUUCUCCCGGGCAAACAAGCACCAUUUACCAAGCAGAAUACUUUUUGUUUUGAUAGCGAGUCGUUUCGGUAUCUCAUGGCAAUACAAAACGAUAUACAAUUCCAUACAGAUCAACAGCGAGAGUGCAACGAGAGCUGGUCAAGAUCAACCACAGAGGCAAGGCGUUUACUCAAUUAUAUCAACAAUAACAUGUUGGCGCCUCUCGUUCCUUCUCGUAUUCAAUCGGUUCACCACGCCCAACUGAAAAUCACCCGUAUGGUACGUCCGAUUCUUGAAACAAUACGGAACACUCUUCGAAAUAUUAUCCUGCGCUCAUAUCAAUCCAACGAGAAGUCAAUUAAACUAGUACCUAAUGAAGUUACGGCCAGAGCCGCCAUUUGCUCAACAUGUCGCCUUCACACUGACCAAAUUGUUCAUAUUGGAGAAUUUUACAUAAUCCGUGAUAGUUUACAUGUGUUCUCUAAUAGCUGUCAAACAUGUAAAUGUUCUCCAGACGAGCAUUAUCCUGUUGACUACAACCUUGGGUAUGAGCUGAGCUCCAAUGGCGAUGAGAACAGCCGAGCUCAAACUAUGACUGAUAUGGAAGAGCUUUGCAGCGUAAGCAGCGAACUAGAAUGGUUCCUGGUGCAUAGUAACAGUUCCUCUCUGAAGAAUCCAUUCUUGCGAGGAUUCGAGAAAAUGAUUGAGGAAGAAGCUUACAUUUGUUCAAAAAACACACCAAAUGACCUCAAUAGGAAACUUCGAAAUAAAUUAGAAAAACUCAAGAAAAUAUUCGAAGAAAAGAAGGACGAAUUGAUGAAGGAAAACCGGCAGAUAAUGUUUCCAGAGAUCUAUAAUAAGUUGGAAAACAUUGAAAAAAUCGAGAUGAUCCAUUUGCAAAUGGCUGUUAUGAAGCAACCAGAGAAAGGAAUGCCACCUUUCUAUGAAUACCAGACACCAUUUUAA